UGCGGCGGAGGAGGGGCUCGGCGGAGGGGCGCCGCGAGAGGCGGCAGCGGGUCAGUCGCCGCCGCGUGAGAGGGGCGCGGACGGCCCUCGCGCACAGCUGCCGCCGACCCCGCCGGGGACUGACGAAAAGGCGGGCACUUUCCCGGCUGCUGAGGUGAAGCGACGACGGCCGGACGAGGAGGAAGGGGAGGGGGUCGCGCUGCUGCUGACUGAGGCGGAGGGAGACGACGCAGAGGAGGCCGAGGGAGGCAGAGGCGGCGACUCGCCCGCAGCCGCGGCGGUGCUGUCGGCCUUCUCUGCCCUGCGCUGGUGGCGGCGGCGGCGGCUCCUUUCCGUUUCGCCGUCCCCUCUGGGGACCCAGUGCUGCCCAAGUGCGCCCGCCCGGUCUUUCGUGCACUGUUGUCAUGGAGGAGCCAAGAUGGCGGCCCUGGCCUACACCUUGGGCAAGCGGGAAAUCAACCACUACUUCAGCGUGAGGAGCGCCAAAGCGCUGGCGCUGGGUGCUGUCCUCCUGCUCGCCGUCUGCCACGCCGUCUCUCGUAGGUACCAAGGUGAUGAAAGUUGUGAGUACCUUCUUUCUAGUGGAAGAUUUCUUGGCGAGAAAGUAUGGCAGCCUCACAGCUGUAUGAUGCACAGAUAUAAACCAAGUGAAGCCAAAAAAUGCCUUGAAGACAAACAUAUUGCAUUUAUAGGUGACUCUAGGAUUCGUCAGCUCUUUUACUCAUUUGUAAAACUCAUAAACCCUCAAAUUAAGGAGGAGGGAAACAAGCAUGGAAAUAUUCCUUUUGAAGAUAAGUCUUCUUCACUUAAAGUGGAUUUUCUGUGGUAUCCAGAAGUCAAUGGUUCUAUGAAGCAACGUAUCAAGUCUUGGACUGAAGGUUCUUCUCCAAAACCUCACAUAAUUGUAGCAGGAGCUGCUACGUGGUCUAUCAAAAUUCACAAUGGCAGCAACGAAGCACUCACACAGUAUAAGAUCAAUAUCACAUCAAUUGCACCUCUUCUGGAGAAACUGGCAAAGAACAGUGAUGUCUUUUGGGUCUUACAAGAUCCAGUUUAUGAGGACAUGUUGAGUGAAAGCAGGAAAAUGAUCACUAAUGAAAAAAUAGAUGCCUACAAUGAAGCAGCCAUCAGUAUUCUGAACAGCAGUUCAAAAAACUCAAAAGCUAAAGUAAAAGUUUUCAGUGCAUCUAGGCUGAUAGCAGAAGAAACUAUAAGUCAGUCCACAGAUGGUUUACAUCUUCCUGAAUCAAGCAGAGAAACAAAUGCAAUGAUUCUCAUUAACAACCACUGCAACAAGAUUAUGAAGCCAAUCGAUGGUUCCUGCUGCCAACCUCGGCCUCCCAUUACUUUGAUACAAAAGCUAGCAUUUUGCUUUUUUUCUUUAUCCAUAAUUGGAUAUUUAAUUCUCCUUCUCAUUCGUCGUAACAAUCACCGGAAGAAUAAACCAUGCACUGAUAUGGAAAGUGGAGAAGAGAAGAAACCUGCCACCAGUACACCAGCAGUUUCCACUAUAGAGACACUCUUGCAAUCCUUAUGCAAACUUGGUGUGAUUAUGGGUUACUUCUAUCUUUGUGACAGAGCAAAUCUUUUCAUGAAAGAAAACAAGUUUUACACUCACUCAUCAUUCUUCAUACCAAUGAUUUACAUCCUGGUAUUAGGAGUAUUUUAUACUGAAAAUACUAAAGAGACUAAGGUGUUAAAUAGGGAGCAAACAGAUGAAUGGAAAGGCUGGAUGCAGCUCGUCAUUUUGAUUUAUCAUAUCUCUGGAGCAAGCACUUUUCUGCCGGUGUACAUGCAUAUCCGUGUAUUGGUUGCUGCAUAUCUGUUCCAAACAGGCUAUGGACAUUUCUCAUACUUCUGGAUUAAAGGAGAUUUUGGCAUUUAUAGAGUAUGCCAGGUUUUAUUUCGGCUAAACUUCCUGGUUGUGGUGUUGUGCAUAGUGAUGGAUCGGUCAUACCAGUUCUACUACUUUGUUCCUCUCGUCACAGUCUGGUUUAUGAUAAUAUAUGUUACAUUAGCUCUGUGGCCUCAGAUAGUCCAGAAGAAAGCCAAUGGAAAUUGCUUCUGGCAUUUUGGUUUACUGCUGAAACUAGUUUUCCUGUUCAUCUGUAUAUAUUUUUUAGCACACUCUCAGGGUAUAUUUGAGAAGAUUUUUUCUACCUGGCCAUUGUCCAAAUGUUUUGAACUUAAUGGGAGCAUCUAUGAAUGGUGGUUUAGGUGGAAGUUAGAUCGAUAUGUUGUUUUUCAUGGAAUGCUGUUUGCUUUUAUUUAUCUAACAUUUCAGAAGCAACAAGUCCUCUCAGAAGGAAGGGGCGAACCACUUUUCCCCAACAAAUUUUCCAAUGUUUUAUUAUUUAUUUCAGUAGUUUCUUUUUUGACAUACUCUAUCUGGGCAAGUAGCUGUAAAAACAAAACUGAGUGCAAUGAAAUGCAUCCCUCUGUAUCAGUUGUGCAGAUUUUAGCUUUUGUCCUUAUCAGGAAUAUACCUGGCUAUGCUCGUUCUGUAUACAGUUCAUUUUUUGCCUGGUUUGGCAGAAUUUCUCUUGAGCUCUUCAUCUGUCAGUAUCACAUUUGGCUGGCAGCAGAUACCAAGGGGAUCUUGGUCCUAAUUCCAGGAAAUCCCAUGCUCAACAUUAUAGUCAGCACUUUUAUAUUUGUAUGUGUAGCACAUGAAAUUUUCCAGAUCACAAACGAUCUGGCACAGAUUGUUGUUCCAAAAGAUAAUGCAAUGCUACUGAAAAGGUUGCUAUGUGUAGGUGGACUUUUUUCUGGACUUCUCUUUUUAUCAUCAGUUCAAUAACCAUCAAAGCAUUAACUUCAGAAUUCCUUGAAGUUUAGCUUCAGGCUAACUUUGUGUUUGAGCCAAAAUUAGUAAACUGGAAUCACACACAAAGAAAUAAAAGUUGUGUGCUUCUGGCAGCACAAGAAAGAUACCAGUAUGAAGUCUACUGAGCAUAUAUAAGGUUGAAAGUUUUGCAUGACCCACUAAAGGAAGCAGAAACAAAUGCUUUGUACACCAGUGCAUGUGAAAAAUUUUCUACUGGAGCAUUAUUUAUGUUUACAUAUCUUUCUAAAGAUAAUACAAAAAUUAAGAGGUUAGCUCAACAGAGGCAUUUAGAGACUUGCAUCAACUUUUACCUUGAGGCAUUAUCAUUGGUUAAGAAUUACUAGAAUAAUUGAAGUUAAUAUAUUCAUAAUUUUCAAGAAGCUGCAUUUAUUGCAAGAAAUAAAAUAGCAGGACCCCUUUAAUUCCCUUAAAAAUAGUUAAAUUCUCACAGUCCAUUUAUUGUUUGAAUUGCAUCAUAUUAAAUGGUUUAAAGAUUUCAGCCAGUCUUGAAAAUGUGAGAUCAGAUUUUGCUUACAGUAAUUGGAGGGUUUCUGAACUUAAAAAGUUAGUAAUCUAUUUUUACUGAUCACUACUCUAGAUAUAGCAAAUGCAUAUCUAGAAACCCUUCAGUUACUGGGGUGGGGGACAUGACCACAUCCAUAUAAUCUUAUUAUCCAUGCUUAUAAACUGUAUAGCAUAACACUUCAGUGAAGGCGAUUUUCACUACUUUUUUAAAAGUUUCAUAUCUGACAUGUAUAUGGAUUGUUUCACUAGCCUUAUUUUUUGUUGCUUGUUUUUUUCAUCAAUCUUUACAGAUAUUACAAUUUUAAGCUCUAAAGUUCACUGGAAAAAAGUCCCCUGAUAUUCCUAUAAUAAUUCUCCAAUCUCCUGUUGUGCUGCUCUUUUUUUAGAAGAUGCAAGUAAUGAGGCAGCUAGCAUACAAUUGAACUCUAUUCUUUCUGUCACGAAAGUAACUCCAUAGGAGCUGGAGAUUUGUAUGGCUUGGUGAAAAAGUCAGACACUUGGCAAUCAUUAUCUGACGUUUGUGUAACAAUUACUUUGGUAGGACAACUAUUUACCAGACUGCACAAGAAAAGAGGAGAACAAUUAGCCACAGUAAAGAACCUCAAAAGUCUUGUAUCAAUCACUGUUUUAAAAGUGUUGCAAACACAGUAUGUUCAAGUCACUGUAUGGGUUUUUUGUUUUUUACUGUCUGCAAGCCUAUGAAGAAUGUGUGAUUAUCUGUGUUGGAUGGAUUGGUUUUUAAAGUGACCUUAAAUUCUAAAAUGGUAAAUUAUGUUAAUAUUUAGGCCCCUAGGUAAACUUUGAUGUUUAGUUUUAUUUUCAGUCUGACCUUUCUCUUUCCAAUUAAACAUGCUGUGCAGAAGUGAAAAAUACUGCAGUUCAGAUUGAAGAUGAAGUGCAACUAAAAAUGUAUCAAAUUAACCAGAACUCAUUCUUUGUCCUUCUGAAUUAGCAAUUCUGGCCCUGUUUGAGUGCGUGCAGGGUAAGUUAUAAUAGUAGUUAGGGCUAUGAAGACUGAUAACAUCCUAUUAUAUCUGUUUGAAAUAUACGGGUCUUAAUGUACACAUCCCAAUUUCACACUCUUUCCUUUUUUAGAAGCUGGCCCCUUCAGCUGCUUUUUGAGUAGGGUCCAUUUUGAAAUUCUUUUUGGGGAUCAGCACACAGUUUACCUGUAUGGAAUUAGUGCACAUGCACAUACAUUAGUGGUAUUUUUCCCUAUAUAGAAAAAAUCUUUGGUUCCCAUACAUGGGAGUUUUAAAAAGCAUUUUUAGGUUUUCUGGAAAAGGAAGCAACUUUUCUAAAGAAACCUCUGCUUUAAAAAACAGGUGAAUACCUGAACCCACACAAUUGGGCCCUGACUUUGGGAAUCAGCUGUGUGUGUCCUUGCUAUCUUGGUAUGUUGCAUAUGGUUUUAGCACUUGAAGAAUGCUAAAAGAAUAGACAGUAUUGUUUUCUAUGCAUUUGUGCAAUUACCUGUAAUGAUAAACAAUAUGGCUAUUAAUUUAUAAGAAGGGUUUUUGGAUUUUACUUUGACAGUGGAAACUUUGGAAUUCUGUCACGGAAGGUCAUAUACUGAAGUAUAAUUACAUGGGGGAAAUUACACAAGAGAAUAAUGGAUCCCUGUUUGCUUUAAUUUUAUGCUUAACUUGAACUACCUUGCUGAGUAUGUUAACAAACUAUGGUGUGGAAAUUCUAUAUUUUCUCAGUUAACUGUCUACUUCCAAUUGUGUCGAAAUUUGUACUUUGUAUAGGUGUGUUUGAUUUACUGUUUCAUUUCAGUUUAGUGAAGCAGUAUAGUGAUGGUUGGAAGUCAGGGGCUGCAUGUACAGAUAACAUUCAUAAAAUUAAGGGGCAAGAUACCUUUUAUUAAGGGUGGGAGUCUUUGUUUUGUUUAUAAACCAAGUAUUAUAGAUAUUUUAUUUAUCAGUUGUACAGAUUUGGUUAAAGAUUAUUUUUAUGUUUGAAAUAUUGCACUUGUUUGCCAUUACUGUAUGUGGGAUAAAAUAUAUUUUCUUUUAAAGUUAUGUGAAAAAAUAUGAAGUAAUUUAAACAUUAAAUAAAUGUGCUGUAGAUGGUUA